AAUUUUUCAAUGAGCCGCCAUGUUGGGAAGCCAAACCCCUCUUUCAUUCGGUUGAGAAAGGACGGGAUACACUUCCAGAGGAGUUUACGGAAGUGCGAGCUCUCUUUGGGCUGAAGAAGAACAACCGUUACACCCGCGGAGCAGCCGCCCGAGCUCGGUUUUUAUCUGCGUUGUUUCACCAGCGAGUUUUGAACAAUGGCGACCGCGACUCCGACCAGUCCGAGGAGCACGUGCAGCACUCCUCUGAGCUCCACCAGGAUCUCCCGCCUGCAGGAGAAACAGCAGCUGAGGGACCUCAACGACCGCCUGGCCGUCUACAUCGACAAAGUCCGCAGCUUGGAGUCCGAGAACGACAUCCUUCAGCUGCAGAUCUCCGAGAAGGAGGACGUGUGGACCCGGGAGGUGUCCGGGCUGAAGGCGCUCUAUGAGACGGAGCUGGCGGACGCCCGCAGGAGCCUGGAUGAUUCCUCCAAGGAGCGGGCCUGGCUGCAGAUCGAGCUGGGAAAGAUCAGAACCGAGCACGAGCAGCUGGUGCAGAGCUACAGUAAGAAGGAUGCCGAGGCGGCCGGAGCUCAGGCCCGGCUGAAGGACCUGGAGGCUCAGCUGAACUCUAAAGAUGCGAUGUUAGCCACAGCGCUGUCUGAGAAACGAGGCCUGGAGGCCACGCUGGCCGAGCUGCAGGAGCAGCUGCAGGAGCUGGACAACGGUCUGGCCCAGGCUAAAAAACACCUGGCUGAUGAGAUGCUGGUCCGUGUCGACCUGGAGAACCGCUGCCAGAGUCUGACCGAGGAGAUGGACUUCCGUAAGAGCAUGCACGAGGAGGAGGUGAAGGAGGCCCGGCACCGCUACGAGUCCCGUCUGGUGGAGGUGGACUCUGGGCGUAAGCAGGAGUACGAGUACAAACUGACCGAGGCUCUGACUGACAUGAGAGCCCAGAACGAGGAGCAGAUCAAGAUCUACAAGGACAACAUGGAGAGCACCUACCUCACCAAGCUGGAGGAUCUUCAUCGUCUGUCCGAGAUGAACGGAGCUUCAGCCAACAUGGCCCGAGAAGAGCUGAGGGAGUCGACGCUGAGGAUCGAGAGUCUGACCACACAGCUCUCAGGGCUGCAGAAGGAGACUCGUGGAUGGCGUGAUCGUAUCAUGGAGCUGGAGGCGGCGCUCACUCAGGAGAAAGACAUGAGCCGCAGGAUGCUCGCCGACAAAGACCUGGAGAUGGCCGAGAUCCGCGCCAAGAUGCAGCAGCAGCUCAACGAGUACGAGCAGCUGCUGGACGUCAAGCUGGCCCUGGACAUGGAGAUCAACGCCUACCGGAAACUUCUGGAGGGGGAGGAGGAGAGACUGAAGCUCUCUCCCAGCCCGUCCUCUCGUGUCACCGUGUCUCGAGCCUCGUCCAGCAGCCGCAGCAUUCGCACCACCCAUGGGAAGAGGAAGCGCGUGGACGUGGAGGAGCAGGAAGCCAGCAGCUCGGUGUCCAUCGCUCACUCUGCCUCCGCCACCGGGCCGAUCCUGAUCGACGAGAUCGACACUGACGGGAAGUUCAUCUCUCUGCAGAACAGCGGCGACGAGGACCAAGCCAUGGUGGGAUAUGAGAUGACCAUGACCAUGGGAGAAGAGGCGUCCACCUACAAGUUCACGCCUAAGUACGUGCUGAAGGCCGGCCAGAAGGUCACGGUGUGGGCGUCUGACGCCGGCGUGAGCUCCAAACCUCCCUCAGACCUGGUGUGGAAGAACCAGAGCUCCUGGGGCUCCGGGGAGGACGUCCACGUGGUGCUCAUCAACCCUCAGGGAGAGGAGGUGGCCAAGAGAACCACCACCUACACGACUGCAGUCUUAGAGCAGGAGGAGGAAGAUGAAGAAAUAGAGGCUGAAGAAGUCCCUCUCCAGGGAGAUCCUCGCACCGCUAAGAGAGGCUGCCCCAUCAUGUGAUCACUCCACACCAACCAGGAACCUCCUCCCUCCUCCUCCCUCUGUCUUCUCUGAGCCCAGCCAGUCUGCUGCCAUAAUACUAGAACUAUUUUUCUAUCUUUUGUAGUGUAUUUCAAUAAAACGUAUCAAUUUUA